AUGGGGCGACUCGCGUGGUAUGCUGGGGUUUCCACAGCCCUGGCAGGAGGAGUGAUUGUUUCUGCCUUCAAUCAAAGGGCAAAUUUCUAUUCGGCAUGUGUGUAUCUAGCGCAAAGCAAUUUGUGUCUGAUGAUACUUAUCAACCUCAUCCUCUUCAUGUAUGGCAGCUUUAUGUACGGACUUCAAAGGCUUUGCUAUGGAGCACUGCGACCUAUUGAAAUCGAGCAGCUCUACGAAAAGGCCUGGUUUGCGAUUACGGAAACAUGUCUCGCCAUGACGAUAUUCAGGGAGGAAGUCGGGGCUUGGUUCUUGGUGAUGUUUGUUGCUCUAUUGACGGGCAAGGUGUGGGGAUGGAUUGGGGAUGGGAGGGUGGAAGUUCUCGAGCAACAACCCCCUGCGAAUCCACGACUCUUCCACAUCCGUUUGACAAUUUCCCUCGGCAUGUCAGUUCUUUACGACCUGGGGUUGAUGAAUUACACUAUCAACACCGUAAUCCAACAGGCAAGGCCGAACAUGAUGGUCAUGUUCCUGUUCGAAUUCGCCAUCUUGACAACCUCGUCAUUUGCAACAUCCUUUCGAUACUGCAUAUCCUUGAUCGAGGCCAAGGUCGUCAAGAAGCAAACCCAAGAGAGACUUCUGGAACGCCGAAGAGAGGUCAGAGAAGAAAGGGCUGAGAUGAUCAGACAACGAGAGGCUGCAGUAGCUGCAGCUGGUGAAGGAAGUGAUGCCGUUCCCUCGGAUGAACCGCUACCUUCUGAGGAUGAUGUAGAUGAGAUGGAUAUUGAGGUUCCAGGAUGGGAAACUAAGGGCCAUUGGGUGUUGACCCUUGAUCUUAUCACAGAUUUCGUCAAACUCGGCAUCUACGUCACAUUCUUCGUUAUUCUUCUCAUGUUCUACGGCUUGCCGAUUCAUAUCAUGCGUGAUCUGUUUUUGACCGCACGGUCGUUCACCAAACGGCUCACUGCAUUCAUGAAGUAUCGCCGCGCUACACGAGAUAUGAACAAAUUAUAUGAGGAUGCUACAGUUGAAGACAUCCAGAGAGAGGAUACAUGUAUUAUCUGCAGAGAAGAAAUGAGGCCUUGGUCUGUCACAAAUCCCCAACCACCGCUUGCAGCACCGGGCGCUAUCCCACCUGCUCGACCUGCAACUACAGUCAACGAACGGUCAAGACCGAAGAAACUACCGUGUGGACAUAUCCUCCAUCUCGGCUGUCUCAAGAGCUGGCUCGAACGUCAACAAAUGUGUCCAACGUGCCGACGGAGCGUUGUCGUCGACCCACAACAGGCACAGAGAGACGCAGCAAACAUCAACCCGGCUGGCGGUGCAGCUCAACCUGCCUUGCCCGGUCAACAGGACGGAGCUGGAGCACCACCUCCAGCCGCCAAUCGCGGUGCUGGUCGAGGUAUGCGAAUGCUCAAUCUUGGGCCAGUAAGGAUUGGUUUUGGGCAGGCCAACCUUCAAGAUCUUGCACAAGGCUUAGGAGGUGCUCAACCGGGUCAGGAGAAUGCCGCAGGGGGAGGACCGCGGGUCUACGGAUUAGAAUUAGGGAUCCCCCGCAGACUCCAACCUCAACCGCAACAACCAGCUCAAGGAGGAGCAAGUUCCUCUACAUCAAGCACGUUGCAGGAUCACCUGCAGCAGGUAGAGCAGCAAAUCGUGGCAGAAAUCAGGAGUCUGCAAAUCACACAGCAGGAGCUCCAAUUAGUACAGCUAUUACAGGCUGAGCUUGCUAGGCUUCGACUUAUACAGAGUGGGCAAGCGGAUUCAUUGACAGCAAAUUUCCAAAUGCCCCAGAUGCCUCAGUUAGGGCCAUUAGCCGGCAGACACGCUCCAGUGGUUACGAUGCCAGUUCCCCAAAUGCAACGACACGGGGCGCGAUCAAACGCAGCAGCUAUACCCGCAGGUAGUGCUGAUCUUCCCCCUGGGGUCACAAUCCCGGAAGGGUGGUCUUUGCUACCGCUGCAAAGAUUUGACGGAUUAACGGGUGUUCCGCCAGCAGCGAGUGUACCUAUCCAAAGACCUGCAGCAAAUGCAGCAGCGGCCCCCACAGCCACCACUUCACUGAUGGGAGUCAGCCCUAUGACCGGAAUUUCUAAUAAUAUACUGACACCCACACCCACGACUAAUCCCGAGAAUCACUCACAGGCGUCAUCCGUUGAUUCGUCCGACACCAACGCCAUUCAUACUCCGCCCUCGAUCGCAGCCGACCAAUUGAAUGCACCGGUCUUGCAUACCUCAAUACAAGACCAAAGUACCACCGAUUCAAGCACUGCUUUGGAAGCCCUCGCUGCACAGCAGGAUUCUUCUGUGUUGCCGAACUGGGGGGCUUCUCAGUUAUUUUCGGCUCCAAGCAGAGCGGCUAAUAGCGAUAAUGCGAGUUCAAGCAUUGCACUGCCUCGGGAGGGACGGGAGGUGUCGGUCGACGAAAGGCCGUCGUCCUUUGUUGAACCUGAGACCGAGGAAGAACAACAUAGAAAAGAAAAGGGAAAGGCAAAAGCUGCAACGGUGGAGGACACGGUUGACGAGGCAGAAGGCUCGUAA